GAUGAAAUCCUGUGCAAUCUUUGGCGUUCCUACUUGCAGAAGAGUCAACAGGCAUACACAAACAGACCGACUGGGUCAAAGAAAAAAAGGAUGGUUUCAGCCGUUACUUCUUGUUCAUCCGGUCAGGACAGUCCAUCAGGUUCUUCGAACUUGGAUGAUCGUUGUUUGUUCCUUGAAAGUAAAUCUGAAGAUGAAGUAGCAUCUAUACAAUCAGGAUCCGUUGAUGGCUCUACAUAUCGAUCUGGUGCACAACGUGAGAAAUUACUGAUGUCUAUGCCUAUGACGCUGGCAUUUUGUUACUUGGCAUUGCUGUGGCUUCGAGAGUCAAUUACUCUGGUAGACCUACUACGAUUUGCUGAGAUGGAACAUGUGCCGUACUUGAACACGUUCCAGCAUUUUCCUGCAGAGAUGGUCCUCUACGGAAAUGAUACCCACAUCUUUCAAGUGCAGGCAAUUCCAUCCUAUGAUGAAAUCCAAAAGAAUAUGCAUUCUCUUGCUGUGUUUCUGAACCUGCGUGAGUUUCCUGCAAUAUCUGAAAAGUGUUUCCUGCAUCCAGAUAUUUUGGUCAUCAAGUAUUUGAUGGAAGCUAACCUACCAGAGGAAAUGCAUUUUUGGACCCGAGAAUUGGUGAAGCAAAUAGGCAUUGGAGAGACAACGUUUUUAACCUUCCAACCGUUGAUCGGAGGAACCACAGCCAUCAACUAUGAAGUUCAAGCUGUGGCUGUAAUCAUUGUUGCUCUGAAAUUGCUGUUUGGCCUCAAUGACAAGAUUGAAUGGAUUGCGUCUAAGGAAGCUAAGAAAAUAAGCAAAGCAAAUCCUGAAGUUAAGGUUUUUCAGUUCAGCAAAUGGUAUCAAGUAAUGAGAGAGUGUUUGGAUGAAAGGGAGGACGAAGCUCAAGAGGAAACAGCCAGGCGCCCUUGGAAAAGCGAAAAGGCAAUUUUCUAUUCUUUAAAUGCCAAAUUAGUCAUCUUCAAAAGGAAACGUGUGAUCCACAGUCUUAAAAAGCAAUUCAGUCGACUCGCCGGAUCCCAUCAAAGGGCAGAAAUGAGAAGACCUUCCAGUUUCACAUUUAGCUGGAGUGAUGGAAACUCAGAGAAACCUUGCUUUCAUGGAGACAGUCUGGAAGAGUAUAAGUCAACGGAAAGUAAACUGAUUCAUACCAUAAAUAAACACUAUUGGUUUAGCAACCAGAAAAUUUGCAAAGCAAAGUGCUGCAAACAGUUAACCAAGUCCGAAGAAAUUCAUUUUCCUGAAAGCUACCAAUUUGUGCUCAGAUUGUUUUCCUUCCUGCUGAGUGUGGAUUCAACCAUGGUGCAUAAGGAAGUUUGCCAAUUAGAACAUGGACUAUUCAAUGUUGCAAAAUUAUUGAAACCGAAGCAGAAGAUCAAAAGAGCUAAUCGAUUGUGGAUUCUCUAAAGAGGGGAGACUGUGUGGUGCAACUUACUGUAAAGGUUUAUUGUUGAAUUGCUGAAAUGCUGGUUGUUAAAAUAGUUUUCAAGACCAAGAACUACCUCUACUGUGUUUCAGGCUCAGAUUUUUCUCUUUUAUUCACAAGUGUUGCCUUAGUAAAAAAAUGGUGUUAUA